AUGAUUUAUGUACUUUUUUUAUUGUUUACAUUUAUUCCAUUGUUAGAAGCAAUUCAUAUUGAAGAGUAUGAUUUUAUCGUUGUCGGUUCUGGUGCGGGAGGAUCAGUAAUUGCUAACAGAUUAUCCAAAAAUGCUUCCAUCACAGUACUUUUGUUAGAAGCUGGAGAAAGACCAACGUUAGGUAGUGAAAUUUUAGGGUUAUCCCUGGGCGAGAUUCCACCAAGAUUUUCCUGGAAUUAUACAUCUGUACCCAGCAAAACAUACGGACAAACGAUAAAGAAUAGACAAAUUUUAACAAUGGCAGGAAAAGUUUUAGGAGGAUCAACUAGUGUAAAUGCUGGUGUUUAUACAAGAGGUAAUAAACACGAUUACGAUAAUUGGGCUAGAAAUGGUGCUGUUGGUUGGGAUUGGAAAAAUGUUUUUCCUUAUUUUGUAAAAAUGGAAGACAAUAGAGACAUAGAAUUUGUUAAAAAUGGUUAUCAUGGAGUUGGUGGAGAAUUAGUUGUACAAUUUCCACCCUUUUAUACAUCUUUAACAAAUGCAUAUAUAAAAGCAGCAAAUUCUUUAGGAUAUCCGUUUGGUGAUUACAACGGAAAAUAUCAAACUGUUUUUACGCUACCGCAAGGUACCAUAAAUAAAGGAUUAAGAUGGACAGCAAUUCGAGCAUUUAUCAAUCCAAUUAUUGGUAGGAGGAAUUUUCGCUUGAUUACUUCAGCUCUAGUGACAAAAGUAUUAAUUGACGAUAAUAAUAGAGCUUACGGUGUUUUAUUCGAUCACGAAGGAAAACAAAUUAAAGCAUUAGCCAGGAAAGAAGUGAUUGUGAGUGCAGGAACAUUCAAUUCUCCCAAACUUCUUAUGCUGUCAGGAAUUGGACCAAAAGAAGUUUUAAAUAAGUUAAACAUACCUGCGAAGGUAGAUUUGCCUGUAGGCCACAAUCUUCAUGAUCAUCCUUCAAAUUUUGGUUUACGAUUUCUGGCUGAUGCUUAUACCCUUAAUGAACAUCGCAUUACUAAGGAAGAUUACAACGAGAUUCUAAUUAAUGGAACAGGUCCUCUCACUAGUCUUGGAGCAACUGAACUUAUCGGUUACGUAUCUUCAAAAUAUAAUGAGCAACCUGAUUGGCCAGACUUGGAAAUACUUUGGGCUACUUCAGGAAGGUCGGAUUAUCUGUUAAAUGCCAAUGAGGAGUUGCAGAAACUAAUUGAUCAAUUCAAAAAUCAGGAUCUUCUUAAUUGUAAUCCUGUAAUGACUCGCACCAAAAGUCGAGGAAUAUUGACAUUAAAAUCAAAUAAUCCCUAUGACGAUCCAAUAAUCGAUAUGAAUAUGUUUUCUCAUCCUGACGAUUUACGUGUUUUAGUAGAAGGUAUGAAGUUUUGUUUAAAAAUGGCUUUUUCGGAACCAUUGAAAAAAUUUGGUGUAAGGCCUCUACCGUAUGCUAUACCAGGAUGCGAACAUUAUGAACAAUUCAGCGAUGAAUAUUUGACUUGUAUGGCUUGGGUUUAUCCUUCCACCCUUUAUCAUUACGCUGGAACUUGCAAAAUGGGUCAUCCUAAUGAUCCUACAACAGUAGUAGAUCCAACUCUUAAAGUCAAAGGAAUUCAUGGCUUAAGAGUGGCGGAUGCAUCAAUCAUUCCAAUGUUGAUGGUUGCACAUAGCAUGGCGCCAACCUUGAUGAUUGGUGAAAAAGUGGCAGAUAUAAUACUUCAUGAUAUUUGA